AUGAAUCGCCACCACGACCCCAAUCCCUUUGAAGAAGAAGAGGUCGAGCCGCUCAAUAAUGGGAAGUCACGGAUUCCACCUCUAUCAUCUGAACCUCUUGGUUUUGGGCAGAAACAUGAUGCAACAGUUGAUAUACCACUGGACACAAUGAAUGAUUCUAAUCAAAAGGCAAAAGAGCUUGCAGCUUGGGAAGCAGAUCUCAAGAGAAGAGAAAAGGAUAUCAAACGGAGAGAGGAUUCUGUUGCAAAAGCUGGUGUCCCCGAUGAUGGAAAAAAUUGGCCUCCAUUCUUUCCAAUUAUUCACCAUGAUAUUGCCAAUGAAAUACCCGUACAUGCUCAGAGGCUACAAUAUAUGGCUUUUGCAAGUUGGUUAGGUAUAGUUCUUUGCCUAGUGUUCAAUGUAAUUGCUGUUAUCGUCUGUUGGGUCCGAGGUGGAGGUUCUAAGAUAUUUUUCCUUGCAAUCAUCUAUGCUCUACUUGGAGUACCACUCUCAUAUGUGCUGUGGUACAGGCCUCUCUAUCGGGCAAUGAGGACAGAUAGUGCCUUGAAGUUUGGUUGGUUCUUCAUGUUCUACAUGCUCCAUAUUGGGUUUUGCAUUAUCGCGGCUAUAGCUCCACCAAUUGUCUUUCAAGGAAAAUCUCUGACGGGCAUUCUUGCUGCAAUUGAUGUCUUUUCUGACCAUGUGAUAGUAGGGAUAUUCUACUUAAUUGGUUUCGCCUUGUUUUGCUUAGAGUCACUUCUAAGCUUUUGGGUACUCCAGAAAAUUUACGUGUAUUUCAGGGGAAACAAGUGAGACAUGGUCCUGUGGUUGUGAUCGACAUGAAUUUAGAGUUGCUCUAGUAGUUUAAGUAUAUUCUUCUGUGGCCUGUUGUUUGCCUUAUCAUUGUGAUAAGUUCAUGAGUUUAUAGAAUUCUGUAGCUACACAUAUAUUAGGAAGUAGCAUUCAACGGUACUCCAAAAGUCUUUCCAGUUUGAAUCAAACCUCGUUCUGUUAUUUGUUACAUAUUUUUUAUUCAACAAAAAGUGAUAUCGAGGGAAUAUCAUAGUACUGGUCUAAACAUCAUUGUGAUAUUUGGAUCUUUGUUCCAUGCUUGAGGUGCGUCGU